AUGGUAAAAGCUCCCCAGAGUGAAGAGAGGCUGGCCGGAGGAGGAAAGGGGAAUAACUCAGUUUUAGCCUGUGGAGCCCAGGCCUCUUGGAGCAUCUUUGGGGCUGACGCAGCGGAGGUUCCGGGAGCACGCAGUCACUCCCGCCAGGAGGCUGCCAUGCCCCACAUUCCCGAGGACGAGGAGCCCCCCGGAGAGCCACAGGCAGCCCCGAGCCCCGCCGGCCAAGACCCUGCCACCGCAGGAAUAUCUUGCAGUCCACCCACCAUCAUCCUGACUGGGGAUGCCAGUUCACCGGAAGGAGAAACUGACAAAAACCCGGUCGACAGAGCCCACAGUCCCCACAGGAGGCUUUCUCACCGACACUUGAAGGUUUCCACUGCUUCGCUGACUUCUGUGGACCCUGCAGGGCACGUCAUUGACCUGGUCAAUGACCAGCUGCCGGACAUCAGCAUCUCAGAGGAGGACAAGAAGAAAAACCUGGCGCUGCUGGAGGAAGCCAAGUCGGUGAGCGAGCGGUUCCUGGCCCGCCGCGGAAGGAAGUCCAGGAGCAGCCCCGCAGACCCCCCACAAGCUGUUUCCCCAAACCUCAGUCCCGGAGCUUCUCCUGCAUCCUCUCAGAGCAACUCCCUCACGGUCCCCACUUUGCCCGGUUUGGAUGUGUGCAGUGGCCCACCGUCCCCUCUGCCCGGAGCUCCACCACAGCAGAAGGGGGAUGAGGCCGAAGUCCCUUCACCUCACCUUGGCGAGUCUAAUGUUCUCAAAGGGCUAGCUGACCGGAAGCAGAAUGACCAGAGAAAACUGUCUCAGGGCAGGCUGACUCCCCGCUCUCCCACAGUUGAGAAGUCCAAAGAAAUUACAAUAGAGCAGAAGGAAAACUUCGAUCCCCUCCAGAGCCCGGAGGCCAUACCCAAGGGCCCAGCUUCUGGCCCAGGCAGUGGUGGGAAGAUGGCCCUUAACAGCCCCCAGCCUGGCCCUGUGGAGAGCGAGCUGGGGAAGCCGCCGGCAAAGACAGCCAAGGAGGGCAACCCUCUGCCCAGAGCUCCAACCCAGGGCUCUGGGGGGGUGGCUCCCCAGGCCCCCCAGGGGAAGAGUACAAUCGGAGAGCCCACAGGGUCCAAGGUUGGCUCCAAAGCUGAGCUGUGGCCCCCGACGUCCCGGCCACCCCUGCUGCGGGGGGUCUCCUGGGACAGCGGCCCCGAAGAGCCCGGCCCCCGGCUGCAGAAAGUGCUCGCCAAGCUGCCGCUGGCUGAGGAAGAGAAGCGUUUUACAGGCAAAGCUGGCAGCAAGCUGGCCAAGGCACCCGGACUCAAAGACUUUCAGAUACAAGUGCAGCCUGUGCGGAUGCAGAAACUGACCAAGCUUCGUGAGGAGCACAUCCUGCUGAGAAAUCAGACCUUAGUGGGGCUCAAGCUUCCAGAACUUAGUGAAGCGGCCGAGCAGGAAAAAGGACACCCUUCUGAACUCUCCUCAGCUAUUGAGGAAGAAGAGUCAAAAGGUGGGCUGGAUGUCAUGCCCAAUAUUUCUGAUGUGCUGCUUCGCAAACUGCGGGUCCACAAGUCCCUCCCUGGAAGUGCCCCUCCACUCACUGAAAAGGAAGUCGAGAACGUGUUUGUACAACUGUCCUUGGCCUUUAGAAAUGACAGCUACACCCUGGAAUCUAGAAUUAACCAGGCGGAAAGGGAACGCAACCUGACAGAGGAAAACACGGAGAAGGAACUGGAAAACUUCAAAGCUUCCAUUACGUCCUCAGCUUCCCUCUGGCACCACUGUGAGCACCGGGAGACCUACCAGAAGCUGCUGGAGGACAUUGCUGUCCUGCACCGCCUGGCUGCCCGCCUCUCCAGCCGUGCCGAGAUGGUGGGGGCCGUCCGCCAGGAAAAACGCAUGUCAAAAGCAACAGAAGUGAUGAUGCAGUAUGUGGAGAACCUAAAGAGGACGUAUGAGAAGGACCAUGCAGAGCUCAUGGAGUUUAAAAAACUUGCAAAUCAGAAUUCGAGCCGUAGCUGUGGCCCCUCUGAAGAUGGAGUCCCUCGCACAGCGCGGUCCAUGUCCCUCUCCCUGGGAAAGAAUAUGCCCCGCCGGAGGGUCAGCGUUGCCGUGGUGCCCAAGUUUAAUAUCCUGAACCUGCCGGGCCAGUCACCCAGCUCAUCCCCCAUCCCCUCCUUACCAGCCCUGUCAGAAUCAUCCAAUGGGAAAGGCAACCCACCUGUCACCUCAGUACUGCCUGCACUUUUGGAAAAUGGAAAGACGAAUGGGGACCCAGAUUGUGAAUCCUCUGCUUCUGUGCCGACUCCAAGCUGCCUGGAGGGGAUCAGCCAGGAGGCUAAGGCCAGGAUGGAGGAAGAAGCCUACAACAAGGGAUACCAGGAAGGUCUAAAGAAAACCAAGGAGCUUCAAGACCUGAAGGAGGAGGAAGAAGAACAGAAGAGUGAGAUCCCCGAGGAGCCGGAAGAGGCAGAAGAAACUGAGGAAGAGGAAAAGGAGCAGAGAAGCAGCAAACUUGAAGAAUUGGUUCAUUUCUUACAAGUCAUGUAUCCCAAACUGUGUCAGCAUUGGCAAGUCAUCUGGAUGAUGGCCGCGGCGAUGCUGGUCUUGACUGUCGUGCUGGGGCUCUACGGGUCCCAUAACUCUUGCGUAGAGCAGGCCGACGGGUCCCUUGGGAAAUCCACGUGCUCGGCAGCCCAACGGGACUCCUGGUGGAGCUCAGGACUGCAGCAUGAGCAGCCUACAGAGCAGUAG